UACACGAUCUUCACCUUCUUCUUCUUCGUCUUCGUCUUCGUCUCUCUCUCUCUCUCUCGCGCGCGCGCGCGCACGGGGCGCCAUGGGGGACUAUAACAACGCCAUGAUGCGCAACGCGGACGCAGCGGUCCAAGCACGCACCAAGGCCCAGAACCGCGUCAACGUGCUUCAGCUCAAGCUGAUUGGGCAGAGUCAUCCUACUGGUCUUACCACCAACCUACUGAAGCUAUUUGAACCCCGGCCGCCAUUGGAAUAUAAGCCUCCUAUAGAGAAGAGGAAGUGUCCUCCCUAUACAGGAAUGGCACAAUUUGUAUCGCACUUUGCUGAGCCCGGUGAUCCAGAAUAUGCUCCGCCUGUGGAGAAGGCUGAAACACGGGCAGAAAAAAAGGCUAGAAUUCACAAGAUUCGACUCGAGAAAGGUGCAGCGAAGGCUGCUGAAGAACUUACAAAAUAUGAUCCGCAAAAUGACCCUAAUGUAACGGGUGAUCCGUACAAGACUCUCUUUGUUGCAAGACUUAACUACGAAACUUCUGAGCACAGGAUCAAAAGGGAGUUUGAAGCUUAUGGGCCAAUAAAAAGGGUCCGUCUUAUCACUGACAAGGUGGCAAAUAAGCCCAGAGGAUAUGCUUUCGUUGAAUACCUGCAUACACGCGAUAUGAAAACUGCUUAUAAGCAAGCUGAUGGAAGGAAAGUGGACAAUAAGAGGGUACUAGUGGAUGUAGAGCGUGGUAGAACUGUUCCUAAUUGGCGCCCUAGAAGGUUGGGUGGUGGACUUGGAUCGAGCAGGAUGGGAAGUGAACAGAUCGAUCAGAAGAACUCUAGCAGGGAACAACAGCAGGUCGCCGCAUCAGGUCGUCUUAGAUCAGAGGAGCCUAGGGUGAGAGACGAUCGUCAUCUUGAUCGGGACCGAGAAAAGUCCCGAGAAAGAGGAAAGGAUAGAGACCGCGAGCAUGAAAGAUCCCGUGAGCGCUCCCAUGACAGGACACGAGACCGCGAUCCUAGAGAAGAUAAGCCCCACCAUAGAGAACGUGAACGAACCAGAGACCGAGACAGGGAGCGUGACCGGGGCCGUGAUCGUGAUCGUGAUCGUGACCGUGGACGUGAGAGAGAUAAGGAGAGAGACCGCGGCCAUGAAUCUCGUGAUUACGACCGGGACCGUGAGCACCGUGAUCAUGAUCGCCAUCGGGAUAGGGGACGUGAUCGCGAGAGGGACUAUGAGCGAGUGAGUUACGAGCGGGACCAUGGUGGCAAUGUGCAUGAGAGGGAUGCUGGGUAUGACAUUGUGGAGCCCAAACAUGAAAGGGACUUUGAUCAGGUUGGGCACGGGCACGGGCACGACUAUAAAAUGUAUGAUCACGGUGGUCCCGAUGACUCGGGCCAUGAGUCUAGGCGGCAUGAGCAUGAAUAUUAUGACGAUGAGCCAUAUAAAGGGGAUGCUCGUGAUUACCACGGUCAGUUUAACCAUGAUGAACCUCGUGAGGAGGGCGAAGCAUAUGAUGAACGUGAUUACGAGCAUUACCGGAACGACAGAGUGUAGAAACUGAAGCCUUUUUGUGCAAGCUGCACCCGAGGGGCCAAGUUGGCUGCUAUGCUUUAACUCAAGAAGAGCAGUGCUGAUGGACUUGCUUGAGUUUAUGAUGUUAUUUCAUCGCCUGUUUGUGGUUGCUACUUAUUCCUGCUUUUUGCUCUUGUCGAAAUGAGUUUGGACAAUGGAAUUUUGUGUGGUGCUUGCUCGUUGUUGUUUUCAAAGUUGUUAGAGUACUUAAUGGGUUGACAAUGUUGCUAAGACUGUAAACAGUAUGAAAGUUGUCUAACCUGUUUUGUUGUUGCAA